GUUUUGCUUGAUCUGUUUACCAGUUAAACCAUCCAGAAGAAACUUAAAGCUUGUACCCCCUUUGUUUUCCCUCUGGAAACUGAAAAUAAUAUGGCAGAGAAGAACGGAAGAGAACAACUUGACGACCUAGAAACAGGAAACACAGAGGUUGGCUCUUCUUCAAUGAAUGCUGAGAUUACAAAAGAGAGUGCUUCAACACCAACUGAACCUCCUCCAACACCAGUAAAUAAGGAGAACACAAUUCCUAAUGAGAAUUCAAAAGCAAAAGGUGAAACCGAAGAGGACAUGGGCUAUUGUGCUACUGCCAUAAUAAGUAUGAUAUGUGGAUGUUUACGGAUUUUAUUGGUUAUCUUGUUUGUGCUCCUUCUGCCUGUGUAUUACCUGAUUAAACUCGUUUACGUAAUCGUUCGUGCAAUUUGGGUGAUUGAAGCAGAAAAAUCGAGUUUUCGUUUGGUGGGGCUUGGUUCUUAUAGCCUGGCUUGUGUUGGUUAUAUGGUUUGGGAAUCGGGAAGGUACGAGAUCGGGGGAAACCAAGAUGAUCCUUAAUUAUGUUACCAGGUCUCUUGCCUCCCUUUCUAUUGGGGCUGGUAUAUGGCUGGCGAAAGACCUUUUACUUUGGUCAUUUGCUAUUUCUUUCCAAAGUAAAAUUUUCUUUAAAAG